AUGUCUUCUAAGAAAAUGACCGCAAACCCUGUCCGGCCGGCUAGAUACCGCCCUGGCAAGGCAGUCGCAGAGGAGCCAUCGUCUGACGAAGAAGACGCAUCCGCGGGAGAAGAGGAGCAAUCUACACCAGCACCCAGAGCACCAGCCCCGACAGCGUCAUCGUUCCCUUCAGAUGCUACGAGAAUCGCCGGUAGCCUCAAGAAUGUCAACCUAAAUAAGCGGAGACGGCAAGCUGCUGCGCAAGAAGCUGCACGUGUUGAAGCCGAAAAGGCGGCGCGGGUCGCAGAGGAAGAAGGCUUUGUGACCGAAGAAAGCGAGGAGCAAGAAAGCAGUGAUGAAGAGUUGGGGUCCGGAAGCGGAAGUGACGAAAACAGCAGUGAGGAGGAAGCUCCAAAGGUGCUCUUACGGCCUACAUUCAUCAAGAAGGACAAGCGGAAAGACAGCGUUGUCGUCCCAGAUACCAAGACUGAGGAAGACACGUGGGCUGAAGAGCAAGCGAGGCGGAAAGAGAAGGCUGAUGUCAUGAUCCAGGAGCAACUAGAAAAGGAUGCUGCUGCUCGAGCUGCUGGAAAGAAGGAUUGGGAUGACGAUGAGAUCGAAGAAGUUCAGCAGGUAGACGACACGGAUGACCUCGACCCCGAGAUCGAACGAGCUGCGUGGAAGCUGAGAGAGCUAAAGCGGGUGAAGAGGGAGAGGGAGGCCAUCGAAAUAGCUGAAAAAGAGCGAGAAGAGAUCGAUAGGAGACGCAACCUUAGCAAGGAGGAACGGGAUGCAGAGGACAAGGACUUCAUCGAGAAGCAGAGGGAAGAACAAGAAGGCAAAGGCAAGAUGGGCUUCAUGCAGAAAUAUUAUCACAAAGGCGCCUUCUUUCAGGAUGAUGCCAAAGCGGAAGGUCUGGAUCGACGUGACAUCAUGGGUAGUCGCUAUCAGGACGAUUCGAACCGUGAGCUACUCCCGCAGUAUAUGCAGAUAAGGGACAUGACAAAGUUGGGAAGGAAGGGCAGGACUAAGUACAAGGAUCUCAAGAGCGAAGAUACUGGGCGAUGGGGAACCUCCGAGGGAAGAGGUCCUCGAAAAGCCGAUGGUACAUUUGACGAGCGUUUUAUGCCAGAUCAAGGGACUGGAGGGAAAGGUGGCUCUGGAGCAAAUACUAUCCAAGUUGGAGAGCGAAGACGACCGCCGGAGGGCGCACCAGAAGGUCCGCGUGGACGCGAUAGAGGCGGACGCUUUGACGAGGACGGGGGAAGGAGAAGCCCACCAAGACGGUCCUACUCACGCUCACAGUCACCACCCAGGCGGAGGGAUCAUUCUUACUCGAGGUCACCGCUACCGCGGAGAGAUCGAGAUAGAAGUCGAGGACGAUCCUACUCAUACUCCAGGUCACCUCCACCGAGGAGAGAUCGAUACCGCGACGAGCCAAGCAGACGAAAGCGGAGUCCUUCUCCAUAUCAGGACCGCUAUGGAAGCGACAAGCGGCGAAGAGUAGAUGUCUCUUAG